AGCUGACGUUGACAUGUCCUGAUGGAACCACUGCAGCAAACACAACUGCAAUUAGCCCUUGGGCUGCUCUAUGAAGUCUUACACUCCAGUUUUCAUUCUCCUGUGGGGCGCUGUCGGGAUAGCAAGGGCUGCCAAAAUCGUUGUUGUGCCGCCAAUUAUGUUUGAAAGCCAUCUGUAUAUUUUCAAGGCCCUGGCCUCAGCCUUGCAUGAGCAAGGUCACCAGACAGUGUUCCUCCUCUCUGAGGGCAGACACAUCCCUCCAUCUAAUCACUAUAGACUCCAACGUUACCCAGGGAUCUUUAAUAGCAGCACCUCGGAUGAUUUUCUUCAGUCCAAAAUGAGGAGUAUUUUCUCUGGAAGACUGACAGCACUGGAACUAUUUGACAUCCUGGAUCAUUAUUCUAAGAACUGUGACAUGAUUGUGGGCAACCAGAACCUAAUGCAUGCCUUGAAACAGGAAAAAUUUGACCUCUUGCUAGUGGAUCCUAAUGAGAUGUGUGGGUUUGUUAUAGCUCACCUUUUAGGUGUUAAAUAUGCUGUUUUUUCCACUGGCCUUUGGUAUCCAGCAGAAGUAGGUGCUCCGGCUCCUUUAUCUUACGUUCCAGAAUUUAACUCACUUCUCACAGAUCAUAUGAACUUUCUAGACAGGAUUAAAAACACUGUUAUUUAUCUGGUUUCAAGAUUAGGAGUCAAUUUUUUGGUUCUGCCGAAAUAUGAAAUGAUAAUGCAGAAACACAAAGUGCUGCCAGAGCGGUCGAUGCAUGAUUUGGUUCAUGACUCCAGCCUGUGGAUGCUGUGUACAGAUAUAGCACUAGAGUUUCCAAGACCGACGCUACCAAAUGUUGUUUAUGUGGGAGGAAUCCUCACCAAACCGGCCAGUCCUCUACCAGAAGAUCUUCAAACAUGGGUGAAUGGUGCUAAUGAAAAUGGCUUUGUCCUUGUCUCAUUUGGAGCUGGAGUGAAAUAUUUGUCAGAAGACAUAGCAAAUAAAUUAGCAUAUGCCCUGGCAAGACUUCCUCAGAGGGUUAUCUGGAGGUUUUCAGGCAGCAAGCCGAAGAAUUUAGGAAACAAUACAAAACUCAGAGAAUGGUUACCACAAAAUGACCUCCUUGGUCAUGCUAACAUUAAAGCCUUCCUUAGCCAUGGUGGUUUGAACAGUAUUUUUGAAACCAUGUACCAUGGAGUGCCUGUGGUGGGAAUUCCCCUCUUUGGAGAUCACUAUGAUACUAUGACCCGAGUGCAGGCCAAAGGCAUGGGAAUAUUAUUAAACUGGAAGACAAUUACUGAGGAUGAACUAUAUGAAGCACUGGUGAAAGUCAUUAAUGAUCCCAGCUACAGGCAACGGGCCCAAAAGCUGUCUGAAAUUCACAAGGACCAACCCGGGCAUCCUGUUAAUCGGACAGUGUACUGGAUUAAUUACAUCCUCCGACACAAUGGAGCACAACAUCUACGUGCUGCUGUUUACACCAUCUCUUUUUAUCAGUAUUUCUUACUGGAUGUUGCCUUUGUUGUACUACUUGGUACUGCCUUAUUUUACUACAUUUUGGCCAGGAUAGCAAAGUUUAUCCACAAACAAAGCAAACAUCUUUGGUCAAGUGAUGAACAUAGCACCAUUAAUGGACAUUACCACAACGGGAUACCAAAUGGCAAAUACAGAAGAAAUGGUCACAUUAAACAUGAAAAAAAGGUGAAAUGAGCCAACUACCCCAUGUACAGUAAUGAAUCAGAUCAAUAAUUGAAUUUUAUCGUUGUAACUUAGUCUAACAACUACUUAAAGUAAAACAUCAGUAAACAGUUCUAACUCUCCCCUACAGUAUGUAAUCUUAUAUGAUGAGAUUCUACAGAACUAAGAAACAUCUUUAAAAAACAAAACAAAAAAUACAACCUAAAAUGCAAAAUGUAUUUUAUUCUUAAUACUGAUGCAGAGAGGUUAUUUUGGCACUGACGUUUUUAGAAGCCUUAAUUCUCUGAAGUAAUUCAAUGACCAUAUUUAUGAUUUCCCAGUUUUUAAACCUGAAUGUGUGUGUCCCAGAUAAGGAAAGGUU